UUUACGAAAUGCGAAGUGUUGAGAGCUGAUGUUAUAUUGUUAUUUUAUUUUAAUAUGAAAUUGUGGAUUUGUGCAUGGUAGAAUAGUAAAUCUUUUUGCCAAUUUCAGAAAAAUUAUUUUUUGGCAUCUAAUCACUAUCAUAUGCUGCGAUUAAUAUAAAUUUUCUGAAAUUAAAAUGGAAAGAAAUCAUAGAGUUCUACAUCAAGACUCAUUGGAAGCAGACAUUGAAGUAGGCGAUUUUCAAGUUAUUCCUCGUCCAGAAGAACUUAUUAAAUCACAUCUGAGGUCAUCUGGUGCUAAAGUGAAAAAGUCAAAGGAAAAAUCUGCUUCUAAGGAAUUCUCUGCAAAAAAGGAAUCUAAAUCAAAGUCAUCAAUCAAAGAAAAGAGUAGCAAAAGUAUGAGUAAAAGUAGAUUGAAAGCAGCUGAGAAAAAACAGCGUGAGAAAGAAUUGGAUAAAAAGUUUGAAUUAUUUUUGCAUAGUGCAAAACAUGCUAUGUGUAAACAUAGUUCUAAAUCUGAGACCUCUUCUAAAAUGUCUAAUCUUGAAUCAGAUAAGCAGAAAUCAUCUGCUGAAAGUGGAGAAAAUGUUGCAGAAGAUCAGCAUUUAAAAAUUAUGGAGGAACCAGCUUUCACAGCUCAGGAACGACUUAAAGUUCUUAAUGCAAGAGACAAUUUUAUCCGUUUAAAUAUUAAAUCAGAAGAGACUGAGAGGAAGAAGGUUACUGGCUCUUGUCCUGAUAUGUGUCCAGAGAAAGAGCGUUACAGUCGCAUAGCCAAAAACUGUUUAUCUGUAUUGGAGAUGAAAGUGGCAUUAGAUCCCAAG